AUAUGACCUCAUGGCGGAGGGAGGUGUGCGGAGUGGUUGUUAUUACGGAGCGGAAAGGGAGGAGGGAGGAAACAGGAACCGGGUCGGAGCCGGGCUGAGCGGCGGGGCAGCUCCCGGUCCGGAACUCACUGCGCUGAGCGGGGCGGACACGCGGUACCGCCGGACCGGGAUACCGGGCCGUGACGUCACACGGACACGUGACCGCCCCCCCCAAAACACCGGGGCGGGGGGAACCGGGAGGGGUCACGUGACCUCGUGCCGUGCCGCUGGGGGGUCCCGGCAGGUCGUUGUUGGGGGGGGGGGUAUUUGUGUUAUAUGGAGCUGUUGGAGUGGGGUGGGAUGAGAUAGAGUCAUAAUGACAAUAACAAUGAACGGGCUGUGGGUUUUGGAGGGGUGGGGGGGGGUCUUCUUCCUAAGGGAUUCCCAUAUCAUUGUGCAUGGCUGGGGGCAGAGUGACUGCAGCCAUCCCAUUGUGAUCCCAUUCCAUAAGGAACAGCUGGAGGGGCUCGGGAACCCACCCCCCUCCCACCCCAUUCCUGCUCCCCUCCCCAACACACCCAGGAGCAGAGAUACAGGGUCCUAUAGUCCCCCCCACACCCCCCACCUCAGCCCCAGGUGCUGGCUGGGACCCCAACACCCCAAACUCAGCCCUAGUGCACAAAGUCCCCCCCUCACCCCCCAGCCCAGCCCAGCCCAGCCCCUCCUGUCCCCACGUACCAGCAGGGUCAGCCCCAGCCUGCUGCUGCCUGGCUGCAAUGCCAGGUGCUCUGUGCAGUGCUGUUGCUAAACCUGCACACCCUGUCUUGGCCGAGUGCCGGCAUUUAUUCCUGGCUGUGACACACGGACUUUGCCCUUGUCCUCAAAAGAUCUGUGUGCCACCUAUAUCAGGCUGCACCUUGAGGGUGCAAAUGUCAGCGUGCAGUGCUGUGUGGGAUGGAUGGCUGCAGGGCUGUGUGCCUUGGGAGCACUGAAUGUGGCUGAGAUGUGGCUGUUCCUGCAGGUGUGCAUUGUGCACAUACACUCCUCCAGCUCUGCUCAGCCAACACAGGGUGCACGGUGGGAUGUGACCAAGCACCCAACCGUGCCUUGAGCUGGCAGGUGUGAUGCUGGGAGGGGCUGCAGAGGGCAGAUCCAGCUGGGCCUUGUUGCAGCACAGCCUGGCGUGGUCUCAUCCCAGCACCCAGUUUCCCCAUCAGCAGCUCUUCCCCCAGCACCCACUGGGUGUCGCUGGGAGAGCGGGCUGCGAUGUGCUGCCUCGUGCAAUGCCCUGCCUGUCCCUUAUUGCCCUGCCUGUGCCCUGCAGCCAGCCCAUGCACCAGGAGCGGUGGUGUUUCUGCAUCUGAGUGCCCUGUGUUGCUAGGAGGCACCGGGGGCUGAUACAGCUGAGCCUCUUGCUCCCCAUGGGGAUGGGGGCAGCAAGGGGACAGCGGCUGUGCCUUGUUCAUCCUGCAGCACAAAGGAGCCCGAAACCAGGACUAAUUGGCUGUGGCACAGGGGCCGGGGGGCACAAAGGGUUGAUGGGCACAGGACUGAGUGCUGCUGCACGCUUCUUGCCCCAGCCCAGCUGACACGUGCUGCCUGCCGUGCAGGGGGGGCUGCCCCCCACCCCGUGCUGCACCGCACGGCAGCUGAGCCCCGGCCCCUCUGCACCCCGGCAGAUGCGAGCAAAGGCCCCAAGGCAGAUGGCAACAUUUGGUCAACGAGCGGUCCCGGGCCAUGGGACUGUGCUGGGAUCAGGCAGGAGAAAGGCCCACCAGGAACCACCCCCUCCCGUGUCCCCAAAUGCAAGGCCAUGUCCAGCGUGGGUGAGGAUGCAGCAGAUCCUCUUGGGUGGGGAGAUGCAGGUGAUGAGAGCGGGGCUCCAUCCCUCAUUCCGCAGGCCCUUCUCAUAAUGAGGAUCACCAGUAAGGAGCACAACCCACCAGUGGGACCCCAGCUGUCCCACUGGAGGGGGCCCUGUCAUACAGGCUGGGGAGCCCAGCCAGAAAGUGGGGACCAACAGCGGGUCGCUGCCCGUGGCCCCUUCCUCCCCUUCCAUUCUCCUCCUCCUCACAGCUCCCCAUCACCAUUUGCAUCCCAUUUCCAUGUGAAUGGAGCAGGUCAAGUUGAAAGUUGAAAGCUGGCGAGGGGCGCCUGGGGAAGGGGCCUCUGCCAGAGGUGAGAGCCCAACAAAAGGGGCCGCAUCCCCAGGGCACUGCGCUCGCAUGGCUGCGGCCACGGCCCUGGCCCCAGCACAGCCGCCCUUCCACCAUCUGCGGGUCCGAGUGCAGCCGCUGCUGCUCAGACAAAGCCCUCACACCCGGCACGUCCCCAUCUGUUGGAUCCCCUGCACCCGGGAUCAGUGCAGCUCUGGCCCUGAGCAAGGCUGCUGUAUGCAAGGAUGCGCAUGGAGGGAUAUACAUGGAGGGAUGGUCAUGGGCAGCAUCCAAACAGUGGGCAUGAGGUGAGGCUGUGCCCGUGAGAGCACCCCUCAAUCAUCCUUGUGGUCUCUAAGGAGCUCCCUGUGCCCCACAACAGCCAUUCAGCAUCAGGGAAACUGAGGCAGCGAGUGGGCAGUGGCUGUCCUGGGUCAGGGCAGAGGCAUUUCCCAGCUCCAAAGCUAUCUGCAGCAUUGUCUGGGUGAGUGGUGGUGACUGAAGCCUGGAAUUAGUGCCCACCAAAACCAGCAUGGUGGCAGGAGGAAGGUCUUAUGGAAGCUGCCAGCACUGGGGAGGGCUGAGCUGCAUUUCACUCCUGGGGGGUCCUGGAAGCUGCACGUGCAGGGAUCCAGCCCCGAGCACCCGUGGGAGGUGAGCACAGAGCCAGCCCCAGAGCCCAUCCACCCCGGGGUGCUGAACCGGGUGCUCAGGGCGUGCUCCUGCAUUGGGCUGCCCUCCCCAAAACCAUCCCUGGGUGCUCCCGGGGAGGGUGAGGCUGCAACGCCCUGAUGAGCACAAGCAGUUGACGUGCCUGGGCAGCUCCAGCUGCACCCUGCACUAUCCCCUGCAAUGGGGGUACACAGCCUGGCCACCCUCAGCGGGCAGAUGCCCCGUGGUUCUGCAUCACCGGGCAGUGUUUUUCCAGCUGUAGCCACCGUGUAGGUCCACCUCGUGCUGGAAGCAUCGCCCAAGUGCAGGAUGGCUCUGAUCUGGGGCUGUUUGUGUUCACCCAGCCCUGCUCCCCCACCAGCUCCUUGUCUCACUUCCAAGAACAGUUUGAAAAACGCGCUGUUAUCCCUGAGCUCUGAUUGUGUGGAUUGUGUGUGCUGUAUUUGCUCCUGCCCCAGGAGCUGGGCUGUGUGCGGGCUGCAGCCUCACUCAGUGACCUUGUUCUGCUCUGUCACCUCACCCUGUGCCAUUGCUUGGGCUGCUUUGUUUCAAGAACGGGAGCAUUUUGGACUUUGGGACUGCACGAACGCUGGGGGCUGGCGGGUGUGCAAGGGACCCGUCCCCUUGGGAAGGCUUUGAGAAGGCUCUGCUCCUUGUCCCAGUGAGGGCAGGGGAUGGCUAGAGUUGAUCUGGCACCCACAGUAUGUGGUGCUCCAGCUGUACCACCACAGCUGUGCUUUUCCAUCCCCACUGACAGAGCUGUGGGUACAUCCAACGCUGCCCGACCGGCGCUGCCGGCUGAGCUCAGACCCACAGCAGGACGUCACCGGCCACGGCCACGCAUGGUGACGCAGCCACAAUUAAAGUGCAGCCUGGUGUGGGGGAAAGCCCUGUGCCUGUGCACACACGUUGGCAAGGAGAGGUGUUUUCGAUCCCAUCUGAGUGCUGGGCUGCCUCGGAGGGCGUCUUCAACCAGCAAUGACUCAGAUGGAGCCGUGAGCCGCCCUGCUGUGCACAGACCUGCUCCAGCACCCUGAAACCAGCUGCACUGCAGGGAGCAGGGGAGACAGAGGGCACGGGACGACCAGGACACUGUGGGACGAGCACAGGGAGCAGCGACGCAGCAGCUGAGCCAGGCCAGGGAGGUUCGUACAGCACAGGGCAGAGGUGGGUAGGUGGUGGAGGUGGGUGCUGGGUCACUGUGGCUGGGCAUGGCAUGCUGAGUGCCAGCUGCGGAGCCUGAGCUGUUGUGCUCCACUUGGGUCAGCUGAUAAUGUCACUUUGCUUUCGGGGCUGUGGGAGGACAGCACAGUGUGGGUUGGGGCAGCCAUGCCAGGCUGGCAGCUCUCCAUCCAUAUAGGAAUGCAGAGCAGCAGGUUGUGCUGUCCUUGCUGACAGGGACAUGAGCCCCCCCUGAGCACUGCUGGCUACUGGGGGGCUCUGCACCCCACAUCCCUGUGCUCAGCAGAUGCUCUUUAUGGAAGCCUCCCCAUGCAUGGCAGGGGCUGCUGGCAGAGUGCUGAGCUCAGGUGCUGCACAACACUGGUAGAUGCCCCCCACACCACUGGAAAGCACCGAUAACUGGGUGAGUCAGGCCCUCGUGUCCCCUCUCCAUCAGGGCUGGGUGACGCAGGGCCUUGGGAGGCUGAUGGUGAUUUCCCACACUGGAGGCUGCAGCAUUGCUUGCCCUUGAGCACCUUCCCUCCAUGCUUCAUUGCCCCUGAGCACAGGGCACAGAUGAUGUGAUGGGGCCCUGCCUACCCCGUCCUUGCCUGGCGGGGACACCGGUGCCCUGCACUGCCCCGUUCCCAGCUCACUGCCUGCAGAUGCCGCGUUGUGGGCUGUACCCAGGAAGUUGAGCAAGGAGGUGGGUGAAUGGCCGCAGGUGGCGGCAGCUCACCGGGAGAGAGGAAGCGGGGCCGUGCCGUGCCCACCGGUGGGCUCCCUUGUGCCCUAAGCUGGGCACUGAGGGGCUGGGGGAAGCUGCGCUGGGCAGCUGCUGUGAUUCCAGUGCUGGAGCACAGCCUGGUCGGCGCGUGGCCCCGCUGCCGCCCGCACGAUGCCGGUCGAGGCGCUGCACGCCGGCGAUGCCAUGAAAGGGAUGGUGGUGAGGACCCCGUUCACCUCGGCCAUGCCCAUCCGCAUCCUCAACAAGGGACCCGAGUAUUUCCGACGGCGAGCUGAACCGGCUGCCCGAAAACCCAGCGCCGUGGAGAGGUUGGAGGCCGACAAGGCCAAGUACGUGAAGAGCCAGCAGGUCGCCAGCACCAGGCAGGAGCCGGUGAAGCCUCCCCUGCUCAAGCAGCCGCUCUUCGUGCCGGGCGUGCGGCGCUCCAUGCUCACCCCCAGCCGCAAGACGACGCCGGGACCGCGCUCAGCAGCGGGCAGGGCCAAGACAUCGCUCAACCUGGAGAUCCUCAACCAUCUCAUCAGCGGCUGCGACAGCCCCAAAGCCGAGAGUCCGCGGGGCGGGGAGCGGCACGGAGCAGCGGAGGUGCUGAGCUCCGGUAGUGUCGGCAAGGCGCCGGGGGGCUCCUCCGCACCCAGACCCCCCGGCACUGUGGCGGUGCGCAGGGUGGACGUGCGGCCCUGCGGGGCUCUGCCUCCCGCCGUGCCGGGAAUACGGGUGUUGUCAUCACCCUCCCCAUGCACGACACCCGCAGCGCCAGCUCUGAGCUCACCCAACCGCCCCGAGAGCGCCCGUCGGCAAACCCUGCUGCACCGCUCCAAGUCCGACCUGAGCGACCGCUUCUCCAGGGCCACCGCCGACCUGGAGCGAUUCUUCAACUACUGCGGGCUCGACCCCGAGGAGCUGCAGGACAUGGGGGCCGAGCGUUUUGCCCGUGCCAGCUCUGACAUCGUGUCCAUCAAGUUUCACAGCGUCAGCACGGCCAGCUCGGACGGCGGCCGCUCCCCCCGCAGCACGGCCACGCCGGAGGGUCGCCCUGCGGAGCGGAUGCCCUACGGCAUCUCGGUGGUGGAGCGCAACGCCCGUGUCAUCAAGUGGCUGUAUGGGCUGCGCCAGGCCCGAGAGACCCAGCAGGUCUCCAAUGUGUAGCCAGACUGCUCGGCUGCGUGCGGUGCUGAUGCCGGGUGGGAUGGAAGCACCAUCCGGUGUCCUCCAGAAGGGCAGUGGGGCCAUCCCGGGUCCCUGAACUGAGCCCGCUGUGCCUCACACCCCAUCCCUCCCUGCUGCAGCUGCAGAGCAUGGAUGCUGUGUGUCCUCCUGGUGAGCUCCUCGCUUCCUGAUGGACUCAGCUCUGCAGGACCCCCACCAGCAUCUCAGUACCCCUGAGCCCAUAGGGGACGUGGUUCCACCUGGCAGCGUGCUGCUGGCCGGGCUGCAGGUGCAUGGUACCUCCUUUGGGGUCCCAGCUCGGGGGUUUGCAUUAGCACUGGGGUCUCCUCUCAGUGGCCAGGAGCUGAGGCUCUGUGUCCCUGCAGCUUCAGCAGGAGGGGACAGUCCUGGUGGUCCCCAUCAGAGUGCUGAGCAUCUAAAGGGUUUGGGUGCUCUGCAGGGAGGAUAAACCCGAGAUCUCCUUGGAGAAGCUCAAGCCUGUGUCUGUGUGUGCAUGUGUUUGUAUCCCCCUUUUUGUAUGCCAGUGAGAAAACCCCGGGCACAAUGUGUCCUCUUAUUUAUGAAGAAGGUUCUAUCCAUAUCUUCCUACUGUUUUUCCUCAUGUUUCAACUGUAAAAAACAAAAGCGACGGUAAUGCAGUCAGUUUUAUUAAAUUUCAGUGCUUUGGAUGCUC